CGAAAUUCAAAACUACCCUUGUAGCAGAGCGGGGAGGGAAAAGUUGGUCAUUUUAAAAACCUUCCAGAAGAAAUGGGUUCGUUGACGCUCCGGGCCUAUAGCGAUGAACUUCUGCGGGCCCCAGAUGAACAUAAGCGAAAUCCAAACAGAAAAAGCGUUUCGUCAUCGAAGGCAUCGAAGGCAGCAGUAUCUUGUGAACUAGGUACAAUCGCGAAAGAAAAACAAAGAAAGACUAAGUCAGACCCAAAUAAUGUUUAUCUGGAAGCCUUGCGGAAGCUCAGUAGCCUUGAAUUCGAUCACGAGAGGAUAGCCAACUGCUACAAGUUGGAAGGGUGUCUGUCAAGGAGACACAAUCUCGCCCAAGCUGUUAGUCGCGGCUUUGCAGAGGGUGAUGAAGUCGUUGCACUGGGACGAGAAAGCAGUUCUACUGAAGCAAAGACGAUGCUCAAGGAAAUAAAAGUAGUAGGGAGAGAGAUACUGCGAUGAAUUGGGAAGUUACGAAGAUGCGGAAAUAAAUUGAAGGCAUUUCCCCUCCCCCAUGGACGUCUUCUUGACGAUGUCAGAGGUCUUCCAGCAAUCGACUAUUAAGUUAUUAGCCAGUACAUCAUCUCAAAGUGCACAUGUUUUUCUUCUGGAAUUUGUUGGUUAAACUUUUAUUUUGAA